CCGAUACGCUAUGAACGUGUAAUAACAUGAAAUAAAUACAAAUUACGCGAUCGAUGAGUAGAGAAUACCAAUAGAUCAAAGUAGGCUCCCACUUGGCGAUGAUAAUCAAUAUUCACUCUGUACUGUUACGUACUAUCGUAACAUCGUAUAUCCAGCGAGUUUUUUUAUCAAGCGAAAACGAUAUGAGCUUUCUGGAGAGCGACGUGUCCGUCAGUCUGACGUCAAUUUUUAUGAAACUGGUCGGAUUAUGGAUGGCGGCCGACCAAUACGAGCAACGGUUAAGAAACAUCUCGGUUACUUACAACUUGGUCGCCAUUCUUUUCGCACUGUACUUACAGACUACGGAUAUAUAUUACUCGUGGGGCAAUUUUUCUGCUUGCCUCUUCUCUGUGUCCAAUACGCUGUCGUUGAUUUUGCCCCUGUUGAAGAUAUUCAUUCUGCUCAGUAACAAAGAGGAUUUUUUCCGUUUGAUCGUGUAUAUGCAAAGGAAUUUUCUACAAGGGAAUUACGACGACCACGAGAGAAAGAUCGUGUUCGGUUGCAAGCGAAAAUGCACGUUCUUCAUUUGUUUCUUCACGUUCUUCACAAUGGCGACUAUCGUUUCUUACAUCGCUGGUCCAAUCAUUGGAAAUAUUGGAAAAAACGAAUCGGACAGAGUGCUUCCAUUCAACAUGUGGAUUAAUCUACCACUAAGUAUGACUCCAUAUUUUGAAAUUACGUUCACGUUACAGGUUUUGUCCCUGUAUCAAAUUGGGGUGAGUUACUUCUGUUUCGACAAUUUUUUGUGCAUUAUGAACUUACACUUGGCCGGACAAUUUAAAGUGUUGCAAUACAGAAUUUCCACAAUAGCGGAUAGGGUUAUCGAGAAGGAAGAGAAGAAGGAGAAAUUAAUUAUCGACUCGUUGUACUUUUCAAACAAAUGUUACACCACUUUUAAAAAGUACAUCCGCCAACAUCAAGCCCUUAUAGCUUACUGCAGAAAACUCGAAGUGGUGUUCAAUUGGAUUGUCCUAGAGCAAGUUUUGAUGUUCAGCUUGCUGAUUUGCCUCGAUGGAUAUCAAAUACUCAUGGCAAACGGAGACAUCAAAACACGUUUAACCUUCAGUUUCCACAUAUUAGCAUGCCUGUGCCAAUUGCUGAUGUUCAGCUACAGCUGCGAUUGCAUCAUACGAGAAAGCGUGAGCGUGGCUACGGCAGCAUACGGUGGACCUUGGACGCUACUACCAAUGACUAUAAGCGGGAGGAUGAUGCGAAAAGAUUUGAUAAUAGUCAUUAUGAGAGCCAGCAUACCUUGUUGCUUGUCAGGAAAGGGAUACUUCAUCGUGUCUCUCGAAACGUACACCAGUGUAAUAUUAUAAUCUGUUUUGAGUACCGCGGCAUCCUAUUUCACGUUGUUACGAAACAAUAUAGAAAGUGAUAAUUAAAAUAACGAUAAAUUUUUGACUAAGAAAUCGAAUAAGGAAUCCAUCGAAUUGAAAUUAUACGAAUUAUACGAAAAGUAGAUUAAAAAGGUUAUCGUUGAAAUAAAUAUUGUUGAAAAGAGAUUGAAGAAAGA